UACCUUGGAGCCUUUUGAUGUGGUAUUUCUGGUUGUUCCGCGACACACCAUAGAAAGGGAGGUUCAAAACCAAGAUAACUCUGAAGAGAGUCAAGCUUCAAGCUCUCGCUCUCUCUCUCUCUCUCUCUCUCUCUCACUCAACCAUGACAACUCUGAUGAGAGAAGAGUAAAGCUUCAAGCUCUCUGUCUCUCUCAAGAGCGAAGCUCUCAGCUCUCUCUCUUAGACCCACCAGAACCCCCAAUCAUCCCUUAAGCUAGCAACUGGUUUUGGUAUAGCACCUCAUCACUCUCAAAUGCCAGCCUUUUCAUACAACCAUGAUUCUGAAUUCUUGUUCUCUCUCCUCUCCUUCUCUCUCUAACCUCUUCAGAACCCCUCCCGGAUUGAAUCCUCUCCCCAAAGUGAGUACUUAUUUGCCAAUCCUCACUCCAAAGACCACUUCCCCUCACCGGAUUCUCUCUCUUCAAACCCAUCAAACCUUCUCUGAAACAGAAGACUUAGACCCCAUUUUUCUCCCUGCCCUUCAAGAAUCAGAAGCAUCAGUUGAAGAAGAAGAAGAAGAAGAAGAAGAAGAAGAAGAAGAAGAAGAAGAGGAAGAAGAAGAAGAAGGCUUGGACGCCAUUUAUAAGUUUUUCAAGUCAAGGCCAGCUAAUCGAGAUGCCCAAGAAGAAAGGCGCCUGCGCUUUAAGAAGAACCGGAAGCUAUCAUGGCAUAUUGCGAAGGUCGGUACCCUAGAAAAACCAGUUCAAGAAGACCCAACUUUUUCAAAUUUGGCAUUUACAUCAGAUAGCCCAGAUUCAGCGGAACCAACUAUCGCAAAAGAACAAAAUCACGAAGUAAAGGAAGAAAAUUUAGUAAAAGAAAUUGUGGGUAUUGCCAAGAGUCUUCCUGAAAAUGCAGUUCUGAGUGAUUUUAUGGGGCCUUAUGCUGGGAAGAUGAGUGAGAAAGAUUGUGUUUUGGCAAUUGAAGGUUUGGGGGAAGAAGGUUUGGUUAUGGAAGCUCUGUAUUUGUUUGAAUGGAUGGGUUUACAAGAGCAAAGGCUUGUUAAUCCUAGAGUUUACUCUGCUCUUUGUACAGUUUUGGGCUAUGCAAAGAUGGGGGAUAGGUUGAUGGUUGUGUUUAGAAACAUGCCUAAGGCAAAGGAGUUUUGCGAUGUUCGAUUGUAUAAUUCUGCAAUAAGUGCACUUUCACGGUGUGGAAGGUAUGAUGAAGCUUGGAAAUUGUAUGAGGAAAUGGAAGCCCAGAACAUCCACCCAGACCACAUAACCUCCUCUAUACUAAUAACAGCCAUGAGGAAAAAUGGAAGCAAUGCAAAGGAAGCAUGGAAUUUCUUUGAGAGAAUGACAAGAAAAGGAGUAGAGUGGAGCCCUGAGGUUUUAGGUGCUCUCAUAAAAUCCUUUUGUGAUGAGGGAUUGAGGAAAGAAGCCCUAAUCAUCCAAUCUGAAAUGGAGAAACGUGGGGUUCAGCCCAACACCAUUGUCUAUAACACCUUGAUAGAUGCUUACUGUAAGGCGAAUCAAACAGAAGAAGCUGAAGGCCUCUUUGCAGAGAUGAAGGAAAAGGGAAUAGAGCCCACCACUUCUACCUAUAAUACUCUCAUGGAUGCCUAUGGUCGAAGACUUCAGCCUAGUGUAGUAGAGGAUCUCUUAUUGGAAAUGCAAAAAUUGGGUCUAGAACCAGAUGUUAGCUCAUACACUUGCCUCAUUAGUGCGUAUGGGCGGCUUAAGAAAAUAAGUGAUCGGGCCUCUGAUGCCUUCUAUAGAAUGAAAAAGGCCGGAAUUUCCCCAACUUCUCAUACAUACACUGCUCUUAUCCAUGCAUACGCGGUUGGUGGUUGGCAUGAGAAGGCCUAUGCAGCCUUUGAGAACAUGCAGAUGGAGGGGGUAAAACCAUCAAUAGAGACAUACACAGCUCUCUUAGAUGCAUUUAGGAGGGUGGGUGACACAAAAACCUUGCUUGAGAUAUGGAAGUGGAUGAUGAGAGAUAAAAUAGAAUGCACUCGCGUGACCUUCAAUAUUUUGGUAGAUGGGUUUGCUAAACAAGGUCACUAUGUGGAGGCAAGAGAUGUUGUUUAUGAGUUUGGGCAGAUGGGUUUCGAGCCAACUGUUAUGACGUAUAAUAUGUUGAUGAAUGCUUAUGCAAGAGGAGGACAACAUGAGAAGUUACCCCAACUCUUAAAAGAGAUGGGUGCUUUUGGUUUAAAGCCUGAUUCAAUCACUUUCUCGACCAUGAUUUAUGCUUACGUUCGUGUUCGAGAUUUCAAGAGAGCAUUUUAUUAUCACAAGCAAAUGAUUGAGAGCAAGCAAGUGCCCGACUCAUCAUCUUAUCGGAAGCUGAGAGCGAUUUUGGAGGAGAAGGCUAAGACCAAAAAUAGGACGGAUAGGAGUGCAAUAUUGGGUAUAGUGAAUAGUAAGAUGGGUAAAUUGAAGCCCCAGAAGAAGAGUAAGAGUAAUAUGUUUUGGAAGAGUAGGAAAACCAGGGCGAGGACUAGGAGUAAGGAUGAUCCUUAUCAAUUCUAAUUAUUGUACUCACUAUUUGAUUGUUGAGUAAUCUGAAAAUUUUUAUUUGAAACUUUUCUGAAAUUAUCACACUGUAAAUUUUAGUUUGAAACUUCUGAAAUUGUCGCAAUUUUCAAAGAACAUAAUUCCCCUAAGCAUUUUGGGGUUUAUGACCUUAUUUCGUAUUUCCUGGAAUAUUUGUAGGAAAUAAUCAUAGGGCAAUAAAAACAUUUUUUCUGUUUUCUUUAGCUUUUCUUUAUUCGUUU